GAUCCGCUCCUUGUUUUCCGUGUGUCCCGGGGGUUGGAAGGCAGCCGGAGGUUCGAACAGCGACGCACUCCCUCACGCUCUGCACGGCGAGGGCUCAGAGAUUAAAGGGGGUUUGUCUGCGGCGCCGACAACGGAGGCUGCUCACGGCGCCUUCGUUUUUUUUCACUACAGUUGCAACCGCCGUUGUUGCAAAAGGAGCGUCGGAUCACCGGUUUUCCUGUUGUUCCUCUGCCUGUGUGAGCCGAGGGGCCAGAGGAUGCAACUUUGAAGUUCCCCCCCCCCAUGUCAGAGGUGAAGGAUUACGCCUGGCACAGGAAUUUGGUUUUCAACCGAAGGACUUCGUGAGCUGAAUCUCAGCGACUGAGAAUGUGAGCAGCGGCCAGUGGGACACGCCAGCGACGGCGGGGUGCAAUGCUCUUCCUCAGCAGCGGGACGGCGGAUGUGACCCCGAGGAGUACAGCCGAUGGCCAACCGGGGAAAAGCGCCUACCACGUCUGCGCGAUCCCGAGCGAGCCGCAGGGAGGAGAUGCGCCGGCGUCCGAGCCGGGAGCGCGGCGGGAUGAGGAUCCGCGGCCGAGGGGAGAGAUGAUUAGUGUGGUGCCAAUGGAGAGCAGCCCCAGGGCGGGCAGGGCACGGCACGAGCCCGACAGGUGGCCCUCCCCGAGCCGCUCAGGUGGGGCUGGGAGGCCAAGAGAGGAAGUAGUUGUGGAGGAAAAUGAGGAGGAGCUGGAAGAGGUGGAGGCAAAAAUGAAGACAGACAGGUUUUGGAAACCGCCUCGCAGGUACCCGGGUGCCUCUUCACGGCGAGGCGCAGACGUGGCAGAGCCGGCCGCUCACAGCUCGACCCUGCGAUCCGUCACCGACCGCGCCAGGGGGCUCGUCCUGGGCGACCAUGGCCCUUUCGCGGGGCACGGCUCGCUGCCCCGGCCCUCGCUGCGGAGGUCGCGGCGGGACGAAGCCGCGCCGCGCAGGACAGCGGUGAGCAUGUACGGCGACCCCGUCGAGCAGCGGAGAGACUGUCAACUCGAGCAGGAAAGGCGUCUGCGGAGGCCCAGGAGCGUGUGCAUGCUGGCGGCGGCGGGCUCGGUCCAGUCGGACACCCGGAGCCAGCAGCCCUUCGGCGGGGCGGGCCCGCCGGAAAACAGCCAGCAGAACCGGAGCAGGAAGGCCGAGCUGAGGGCUGUGGACGGCCUCGGUGCCGUGGCGGCUCCGCGGCCUUCGUCCCCCGUGGAGGUGAUCCCCAGGGCGCGCCAGAGGAGCGGCAAGCCCCGACCCGUCAGCAUGACGGUGCUGGAGCUAAGAAAGAGGGGCUCCGACGAAGAGGUGGACGGCCAGAGGAGCGACCAGGCGGGCAGCGACGGAGGGGGCGUCCUCAAGGGGAGCUUCCGCUGGAGGCUCUUUGGCAAAGCGCCUCAGGAUAAGAGCAAGGAGGGCGAUGGUGACAAAGACGACAAAUCCAGCAAACCCGAAGCGCCGAAGGGCACGCUGAGCUCCCUGAGAAGGAGCCUCAGCCUGCGAAUCAGGAGGACUCGUCCUCGGGACAAAGCAAACGACAACUCUCGGACUAAAAGUGCGGCCGAGGACACGGCGACGCCUGCGAGGCCGUUCUCGUACCUCACGGGGAGAAUGCUUCCGGCGUCCAGUGAGCAGAUUGAGGGCGGCGGCACGCACUACAUCCAUUACCACAGCAUGGGAAAGGUCAAGGUAAUGGAGGUACCCGUCUGCCCGACCAAACUGUCCUCCAGAGCGGCUGCAGAAGAACCGAGCCUGUGGCAGCUCAUAGCCAACCGCUUCAGGAGGAAGGAGCAGCCGGGCGCUGGCAAACGUCCCCCGGAAGGGGAUAAUAAGCCCCAGCCGGUCUCCAUGGAGACGCCGGCGGGCAUUGACUCCCACAAAGGUCAAGACUCUUUCGUCAACAGCCAGGAGUGGACAUUGAGUCGCUCGGUGCCGGAGCUCAAAGUGGGCAUUGUGGGAAAUCUGUCCAGCGGGAAGUCUGCCUUGGUCCACCGGUACUUGACGGGCACGUACGUGCAGGAGGAGUCUCCUGAAGGCGGACGCUUCAAGAAAGAGAUCGUGGUGGACGGCCAGAGCUACCUGCUUCUGAUCCGGGACGAAGGGGGGCCUCCCGAGCUGCAGUUCGCUGCCUGAGUAGACGCCGUGAUCUUCGUCUUCAGCCUAGAAGAUGAGAUCAGCUUCCAGACCGUCUACAACUACUUCCUGCGUCUGUCCAGCUACAGGAACACGGCCGAGGUGCCCAUGGUCCUCGUCGAAACCCAAGACGCGAUCAGCGCCGCCAACCCCAGAGUGAUCGAUGACUCGCGGGCCAGGAAGCUGUCCAACGACCUGAAGCGCUGCACCUACUACGAGACCUGCUCCACCUACGGCCUCAACGUGGAGAGGGUCUUCCAGGACG